AUGACAAAAUUAGAUUCACAAGUCUUUUUCAAAUGGUUACCUAUUAUUAUUAUUCCUUUGUUGAUCAUUAUAGUUUUUGGUUUAUCGUAUUGGAUUUUCGCUCGUCGACGACGAAACAAUCAAAAUUCAAAUAAUAAAAAUUCAGAAAAAGAAUUUAUAAUCACAGAACCUGUUCAUCACAAAAUGCUACCAAAAAAUGAAUAUUUAUCGUCUCCAACUCAAAUCGUGACAAAAAAAGCUUGGUCAACAAAUUCAACUCAAUUAAAUAAUACUGAUAAGGCUUAUCUUGAUAAACUUUUUCGUACUGCAAGUGAUCGAUCAAUGUGGAAACGAGAUUAUGUAACAAAAGAUCAAUAUAAUAAACUACGAAAAGUACCUUCAGGACAACUUCAACAGAAAAAUUUAUUUUCCAAUUAA